AUCAAAGUAUGAAACAGUUCACAAGAGACUUACCGACAACACAUCACACAGCCAACUCUUACAACCAGUCGUCGUUUGCUCUUACCGAAUUAGCCACUCACGGAGUCAACCAAAAGGCCUUGACCAAGAUUGCUUAAUUAUUGAGCGAAAUCAGAUAAUAAUUAGUCUCAGAAAAGGCUACCAAGACUGACGUUGAAGACAGAUAAGCUGCACACUGGGCUGAAUUCAGCGUUCAUUUGAGCAAUGAACACACCAGAUUGGUUGAAAGAAAAGCUUAAUUGGAAGUCUAAAUCUAAGAAUAAAAGGAUACCAUUGAAGAUGCUUAAUCAUGGAUCGAAUUCCACACCUUGGAAUUAGAAAACAGUGAAGAGAGACUUGCUGGAUAAUAAGCAUGGUAUGCAGUCUAAUCAGAUAUCUAUGAGACCUAAACUGCUGAAAGAGCUGCUUAAAAUGAAAUCGUUGAUAGACUCUAAGAACACAUCAGUGAGAAAUUAUCAACCACCGCCCAAUUCAUCAGCAAAAGAAAUUGAUUUAUUAAAAUAAAUAAAUUA